AUGGAGCGGAUCAGGCACUUUGGGGAAGAGGCAUCCUUGCGAAGGAGAGCCGACGACAAGCCAUGGUGGUGUUACUGGUAUCCAGCAGCCUGUGAGUGGCCUAGUGGUGGACACUACACCAGGCAAACCACGACGAGGCGGCAAACAUCUACGAGCACAACGAGGACGACGUCCAAGACGAGCACGUCCAGGACGACUGCGCCGCAGACAACCAAGGCCGCGCCACCACCCGUAACACAACCAGCCGCAACACAACCAGCCGCUACGCCGCCGGCUGCUACGCCCACCGCCCAAACUUCAGCUCAACCUGCUCCUGCUCCUGCUCCCUCUCCGACCGCGCAGCCCACGACUUCGGCGCCAAUGGCCCCACCUCCGGCCACUAACACCGGAAAGCCAGAUGCGCAGUCGACGGCAGUAGACCCUGUGGUCGUGCAGCCCAAUGAGAGCAGUCCGGACAACCCGGGGAACGGAAACGGGGCCAACCCAACCCCUACCCAGGUUGGCGACUCUGCCGGGUCCGACCACACAACAGGAGUCAACUUGAGCCCAACGGGCGCUUCCGGAAACGGGGAUGACUUCGGACACCAGUCGGGCCUGCCAUCUGUGGUCGCCCCGUCGCCGUCAACCAGUGGAGCGGGGGAAACAACUGGCAUCCCGGGGCCAACUGCCGGAAGCGCCGGCCCUGGUGGGGGAUCGUCUGGCGGUGGGCUACCACCAGGCGCAAUACCCGGUAUAGUGGUGGGCCUCCUCUUCCUCCUGGCCCUUCUGGCUUUCCUGCUCUACAGGUUUAGGAGGACACCUGUAGUGCAGCGAAUGCUAGCCCCCUUCGGCAGCCGCGGCGGGGGAGCAGGCGGCUUCCACCGCGUGGACACGCCCGGCGGCGAUGGGAUGGGCAGGACACUGUUGACGCCGGCUCCGGGAGCGACUGCCACGGCUGCCCCCACUCAAUACGGCCGCAGUCUCACCUCGCACCCACCCAUGGGCCAAACAGGCCACUUACACCCCCUCGCCGUCCCAGCGGCCGCAGCCACGCGGGACAGCAACCGAGUGUCCGUCUUCACCAACGACUCGGCCGCCAGCACGGGCGCGUUCACACCGUCCCCGGUCUCGCCCGUCUCACCAAACGGCAUGCUGUCUCCGGGGACCGUCCGCUCCUCGCGCCCCACGCAAGAGCCCCCGGAUCCGCGCAUCGUGACCGCCGCCAACGCCCACGUGAGCAGGGGAAGCGUCAGCAGCAUCGGCACCGGCAGCGCCAUCAGUGCCGCCCUCUCCCCGGGCCAGAUGGCCUGGCCCAUGCCGCCGGGCACGCCGCCCGUCAUCCGCCACCCGGAGGGGCCGCGCUAUGUCGAUUUUGAGCAGUCGGGUGAGACGGUCGUGAGGAUCAGCCACCCUCCGAGGAAUCGCAGGUCUGGUGGCUAUUAG